AAGUAAAAAGCCCGCAAGAUCCUCAACGGCCACUUGCGAAGAACCUCGGCUUUUCUGGUUUCUUCUUUACAUUUCUACCUGUUCUCGGCUUCCUCAAUCCCUCAAGAAUUAACAGCUUCUCUAAAUUUCUAUUUGUUCACAGAAAUUAGCAGAUAUAAUAUGCAGCAAAGGGGAGGAGCAGAAGGGAAGGACUCGCUUUUCUCAAGCGACUUCAUGGGUGGUUUCCCUGGAUUUGGUUUAUUUGGAUCCCACAGAAGUAUGAUGUCUAGCCUUUUUGGGGAGAGGGAUCCAUUUGAUGAUCCUUUCUUUACUCGCCCUUUCAAUAGCAUGCUUGAGCCGAGUGUAUCCAAUUCCCAUGCUGCUGCAUAUGAUAAGGAGAAGAAAGAUAGGGCACAGGGACUUGUGAUUCAAGAAAUCUCAUCUGAUGAGGAGAGGGAGGUAGAUGACGAUCUUGUGAACCAGAAACAGGACAAGAAUGAGAAUAGUUAUGGGUCAGACAAGGAGCCAUCAGUUGAGCAUCCUGAUGAUCCUAAUGAUGAGCGCCAGAUAAUAACUCGUAGAGGUAGUGAAGAUAAUAGUUUUGGAGCUCAGCCAAAGGCUAGUAAGUCCAGUAUGCAUACUUGCAAAGUCACAUAUGGCGGUGUAGAUGGAGCAUAUUACACUUCUACUAGAACUAGAAGGGUAGAUAAUGAGGGAGUAUUGCUUGAAGAGACGAAAGAAGCCGAUAAGACAACAGGUCAGGCCACUCAUAGGAUCUCUAGAGGAAUUCAUGAUAAGGGUCAUUCAGUUACAAGGAAGCUGAACCCAGAUGGUAAAGUGGACGUACUUCAGACUCUGCACAAUCUGAAUGAAGAAGAACUUGCUGGCUUUGAAAAAGCAUGGAAAGGUAAUUUUCAAGGGCAUCAAAAUGUUCCAAAAGGUGGAUUUCAUAUGGAUCCCAGUGCAGAAUCUAGUGGCAGUAGAAACAGAGAGAUGAUCAGUCGGGGUUUUCCAUCUUUUUCUGAAAGGAAAUAUGAACAUGGUGGUGGUGCAAGGGAGAGAUCUGGUUCUGGUGGAACCAAAAAAGUAAUCAGGAUCAACAUAGAAUAGAAGGCGAUGGAAGAGAUCUUGGCAUAGUUGAUGGAAGUAGAAUCUUCUCUCUUUUGAGGGAUGAUAGUUUUAUG